GAGCCCGGCCCUGAAAAGGCACGACACUCCUUCAAGAUCGCAAUCAGGCUCUGGUCUUAUGAAUGCACAAUCUCCCAAGCCCACUACUAAUGAUGGAGACAGUGUAACAGACACGGGUAUUCGGACAGUAGACACAACCACCCCGAAUGCAGAUAGAAGGGCGCGGACGCUGUCUAAUCAUAUGGUUACACGUCCCUCACCGACUGACUUGAAACUCCGGGGCAUACUUAAAGUUGGGAGCAAAAUGAACCUAGAGGCAGAAACGUUGUCGGAAAUUUCUAAACGUCUCAGUAUCAAGCUCUCCGAGAGGCCUCAAAGACACGAACUAAUCGAGAGGCGAAUUCUAUUCAACGAAAGCGUAACAGUGGCAAGAACAUAUACCGCAGCGGACUACAAUCGCACGGCUGAGAAGCCCUGGACAAAACUGACAGUUGGCGAUAAGGAGGCAAUCAAAGCGGAGCUGAACCAAUUCAAAGCCACCGAGAUGGAGGUCCACUCGGCAAGUGCUCGAUAUACCAGAUUUCAUUGCUAGUUGUAUUUAAUAAAAAAAUCAACAAUAGGGUGAACUCAUAUUAGAGAAUGCGAACGGAUGCUUGCUCUGGAUCACAGUGUGUCAAACGCCGCUACUCUACAUAUCUAGUAGUAGUCGGCUCGAGCAGUCGAGCCACCAUUCCACCACACACAAUAAAAUCGAUAUAUCCGC